AGUCUAUGUAAUACAAUAUUUUAAAACCUUUCUAUUUAUAAAAACUUGAUGAUCAACACGUAAACCUUAACCAUCUUUCGGUGUUAUUAAGUAACUUGUCUAUGAAGUGGUGAAAAGUUUUUUUAACUUAGUAGCUAUUAGGGAAUAGGCUAUGACAAAGAAUUCUGCAAGAACAUACGGUUUCUUCUAUACUUUAGUAUGUAAGAAACAACGUAAGUAUUUAACAGAGCACUCUAAUGUUCACUAACGUAAUAUUUGGUGAACGAUAUUUAUUUCAGUGCUAAGAAAUAUUUGAACACAUAAAUAUAUCUUGUUUUAUGAAGUAGUUUUGAAUAUAUGUUAUAUUCAUCGAGAGAAAUGAUACGCCUGUGUUGUCUGUAUUGUUUUAAAUGUUCUAAAUAAGUAAUGCUUUUUUGUAUAGAGAUGGUAACAGUAUGUAAAUUUGCCGUUGAGAACACUCAGUCACAGAUAAGCUUUUAAAUAUUCUGUAGUCACGUAGCUUGUUUGUGUAAAAUGUCCCCUUAUCUAUGUUUUAACACCCUAUUUUUUCUUGCAAUUAUUUAUAUUGUAUAAACGUUCUGUUGUCUUCCGAUAAUACUAUGGACUUCCCUAGUAUUUUCUCCUGCUUAAAAUUUGAUUUUGAUGAUAGUAACGUUGAAGUAAUGUUUUAAUAUCCAAGACAAAUUUUCCCAGAAAAAUCACCAUUGCUCAUUGUUAAAGUCAUGAACCGUAACAACGAACCUCAAGAUCGAAGUGCGUUGCCAGUACCUGUUUCAGACGAAAAUGAUAAUGAAAAUAUUGAUGGUACGAUAAUACCAUCCGAUGCUGGUAAAGCGAUUGAAACCUUUGAACCUAUACAAAAAAUAUUAGACGAAUCUUUGCAAUAUAACACGUCCCCUAAUCGAGGAGAGCUAUGGCUUUUCCCUUCCGAAGCCGAUGUUAUAUUAUCUUACUUAGCAUCCAAAAACCUAAAUGAAAUAUGGACAUUUCAACAAGUUGACGAUACCUCCAUUGUUAGACCCCUUUCCAAAAAUGGAACCAAAACCUCAACCAAAAAAAAAAAAAAGACAAAAAAGAGUAAAGCACCGUUGACAGACAUAAAACACUCAAAACCUGCAGAAACAGCCGGUCGCAACAAAUAUUAUAACGAUACAAAAAGCGAACGAAUAUUAUUCUCUACGAAAUCUGAAUUACCACCCCCCACGACGCAUCGUCUUUCUCGACUCUCACAAAGCCAGUUAAAAAAGCUUCCAGAUUGGGCUCAACGCUUACACCGCACAUUAUCGUGGCUCUGUCAAACAGAAAUAUAUCAACCGUUUCUUCACGAAAUGAAUUCCACCGAUUCUCGUUUUACUGAAAUGUAUAACGCAAUUCAACCAGGCUUGACUCCUAUAGGUUUAGCCACCAUUGUGAGUAAACUGGAGCAAAAUGCGUAUCAAACAAGUUUAGAUGCUUUCAAUGACAUUUACUCUGUCUGGCUUUGUGGUUAUCGAACACAUCCUCCUGGUAGUCCCUUAUGGAUUCAAACUUUUCAAGCAUCUCGAACAUUCACACAACAGAUUGCUAAUCAACCCUUAAAGGACAAUUUUACACCAGAAAAAUUCACGAACGCUUUACCAUCAUAUGAGAAAAAUCCAUCCUUUAAAUAUGAAAAUGUUCAAGAAUCCGUGCUUAAUGAAGCUGACUCUAACGGCUCUGCAACGGUAGAUCAAAUUCUUCAUGAAUUUUUAGCUUUAUGCGAUACAACCGAUAAAACUAAAAGCGGAGUUGCACCCAAUAAAAAUAUCCAUCAUCAACCUUUAGAUUCAUCAUGUGAUUCGCAAUCGAUGGACACUCAUCUGUAUAAGAAACACAUGAAAAAAAAGUAUAAAAGUGAAACAUUAGAAUCGAUUUCCGAUUUUGAACGAACAAAUUUUCAAAAUCAUCUCUCGCAAUUGGAAGCUACUCAUCAUCGAAAGCUUUUCGAAGCAUUUCGAUGUACGGCGGUUUGGAGAUCUAUCGAAACAGGAGAAGUUGAAUUAGACGAUGCGAAAACAUCUCCUCCUGUUUUUCGCAAAAUGAUCGCUUGGUGCCAUGCCCAACUGUCUAAUAAAGUAGCAAUGAAUUCAUAGACCAAUGAAACCAUGCUAGCCUAGCCUUGUAGUGAUUUUACAACGUGCCUUCUUAAAUUGUUACGCACAUGAUUUGACCAUAGUUUUUUUAGAAAAGAAAACUACGCUAUGUCAGCCAAUUUUGUUUUAAUUAAAUGGAAAUGCAUAGUGACAACGUCAAAAAAAAUUUGAUCAGAGAAACGAAGUCAGUAAAACACAAUAUUCAU